AUGUUAUAUUUUGAAUUAAAUGAAAAUUUUUGGAUCAAACUCAUUUAUCUUCGUUUAGAUCGUCGUGACAGUACAAGUCUUCGAUUUUAUCUUGGCAAAGAACUUCGCCAAUAUGAUAUUGGCUAUUUUACUUUUGGCCUAAUUGCUGAUCCAACUGGAAUAGCCAUUCCACCAAGAGUCAAUGAAUUUGUGAUUGAUUCUUAUUGUCCAGCCAUAGCUACUAAGAAUUUUCCUGAAUCUGGCAUUACAGUGAUAUCUGCGUUUCCACAUACUCAUUUGCAAGGCAAGUUCAAUUUGCAUGUACAAAAAUAA